UUUGCUGAAUAGUCUUUCGCGCAAUCGGUGGAGGAUCGGAGCGACGCGGACUUCACUGUGGAUAGCAGAUAGACGACUCAUCGGGAGGAGAUAGUGGUUCUUAUUUUCUUCUCCGCUACGAACAACGAAAACAAACCAAAAUCACAAUUUAUCGGGAGGGUCGACGAGCUGCAGCGACUGAAACGUGGGGGGGAAACGAGGGAUCUGAUCAGCAAGUUUUUUUUUUCCUUUUGCAUUUUUUCCCCCUUUUUCAUAAAGAAGGAUUGUGUGUUUGGGGGUCUGUUUGCAUCUGGACGCAAAGAUGAUGGUCGGGGAGAUCGAAGUGAAGGAGAGACCGAGGCCGAGUCCCGACUAUUUGAUGCAGUUACUGAACGAGAAGAAGCUAAUGACGAGUUUGCCAAAUCUGUGCGGCAUCUUCACACAUCUGGAGAGGCUUCUCGACGAAGAGAUCACCAGAGUGCGGAAGGACAUGUACAGCGACUCGGUCAACGGUGUGGUGGACAAGCACCCUAUGGAGCUGCCCGAGGCCCUGGGCCCCAUCAUACACCUGCAGGAGAAGCUGUUUGUGCCCGUCAAAGAGUACCCCGACUAUAACUUCGUAGGGAGGAUUCUGGGACCCAGGGGUCUCACCGCCAAACAGCUGGAAGCAGAGACUGGAUGCAAGAUCAUGGUCAGAGGAAAAAGCUCCAUGAGAGACAGGAAGAAGGAGGAGCAGAACCGGGGCAAGCCGAACUGGGAGCACCUGAACGAGGACCUGCACGUGCUGAUCACGGUGGAGGACACGCAGGCGCGCGCCGAGGUCAAGAUGCGGCGGGCGGUGGAGGAGGUCAAGAAGCUGCUGGUCCCGGCGGCCGAGGGAGAGGACAAUCUCAAGAAGAUGCAGCUGAUGGAGCUCGCCAUUCUCAACGGGACGUACAGAGACACCAACGUCAAAACACCCGCCCUUGCCUUCUCUCUUGCAGCGGCGGCGGCGGCGGCUCAGGGCCCCCGCCUGAUCGCCGCCCCCGGGGGGCAGUGCCUGCCCCCCGGCGCCCUCCGGCCCCCGACCCCGGCCGGCACGCCCAUCAUGAACAUCAUCCGGCCCGCCCAAAUGGCAGCCAUGAUGCCCAACGGCGCCCCCACCCUGGUGCCCCCCGGGCCCGACGGCGGCAUCAUCUACACCACGCCCUACGACUACCCGUACGCGCUGGCGCCCGCCUCGCUGCUGGAGUACCCCAUGGAGCACGCCGGGGUUCUAGGUAAGCGGCCGUGGGCCUUCGGAGGGCCCCUGGGCCACGGACAGGAGGGCAGCAUGGUUUACACGGGCAUCCUGGACGCAGGGUCCGCCAGCCACACUCAGGAAAUGCUGAAAGGGGCAAUGGCUUCUAAAGUGAGACGGCACGAUUCUCGUGUCCAUCCUUACCAAAGGAUUGUGACAACCGACAGAGCCGCCACCGGCAACUAACACAUGACCUCUGACCUCCUUUGACCUCUUCACCCAAUGACGAGUGGCGGUCGCCUGCCUGCUGAACAGUUAACUGGUAACUGCCUUUGCUAGCCUCUCGGACACAGUGAGCGAAAGAACUUCUCUGCCCGUACAGUUACCCUAACAACACUUUUUUUUUUCUGAAACAUAAAAACAACAUCGACAACAAAAGCAAGUCAACAGAAAACGCAACACCCUACGAACAAAAAAAAAAAAAAAAAAGAAUCUGUUGAUUAUUAUUUCAUAUUGUUUGUUUUUUUUGGGUUUUGUUUUCUUCCACAAGUUUGAUUUUUUUUUUCUUCUCUUUUUCUUCAUAAAGAGAAAAAUCUAUAACUCUAGUGGUCAUUAGACACAGAUUGGGUGGAUGAGAUGAGUAGUCGAGGAUCUGCACUGAAUUAUGAAGCAAUAAGGCCCCCCCACCCCACCCUACCCACACCCACACCCCCACCCCCCACCUCCACCCUUAUCCUCCCAAAAAAACAGACACCCCAGCGCUGCCUUCCACAAGUCCCCCCCCCCACCCACCCCCCACACAUCAGUUCAGUGACCUCACUCGAAUUUAAAAACAACAUUAAAUGGGACUGUGGCGCGUGCUGUGUCUGUUGUUCCCGAAACUGAUUUCAUCCCUUCCAAAUGUGCAGUCCCAGCUCCCCCCCCCCUUCUUCUCCUCCAGCUGUUGGAGGCUACAAAGAAAGAAAAGGGAAAAAAAAACUAAAACCCUUAAGUUCUGUUGUAUUUUUUUUUUUUCCUUUUCCCCCUUCCCCAACAUGUCAGUCCUGUCUUUUAUAAAAAAAGCUCUGAAACCUUUAUCUGUGUGCUGACACAUUCUGGGUGGGGCUAACUGGCUUUCAAGAGCAUGGCUGCAAGGAUUGCAAAUCGAGCUUCUUUCACAUAUAUAUUUUUGUUCGUUUCUGUUUGGGUUUUUUUUUUUUUUUGUUGGCCAUUUUCUGUUUGUUUAUGAUUUUUUUCCUCUUACCAUUUUUUCUAGCGCGGAGGCGAUAAGUUGUGUAGUGUACAAAGUGGAUGUUAGUGUGUGACUGAUGUCAGGUGACCCGUCAGCUCACCCGUCAGGUAACCGUAGUAACUGUUCACUCAUCUCAGACAGGUGUGGCGGUGGGAGGGUGUUGGGACAGAGCAGGGUGUUGUGGGGGGGAGGGGGGGGUGUGUGGGUUUUUUUCUAUUAUUAAUAUACUAAAAUAGACUGUGUUGAGGAACAGUGCGUGUUUGGCACUGGCUAAGAAAACCAUCUCCGCACGUCUGUAUACAGUGCCUGCCAUAUGUAUUUCUUUAAAAUCAGUGAGCCAUGAUGUCAGAAAAGGAAAAAAAGAAAAAAAAGUAUUAUGAGUGCAUAUUUAGCCAAAGGGGUUGCCAGUAUAAUAAAACUAUAUAUGAAUAUAAAUAUCCUAACAAUUGGGGGAUCACUGCUUUAGUGUUUUAAAGGAUAUGACGUUGUGCCUGGAUUGCGCUGGUGCCAGUGCUAGACAGCCAAUCAGAGUUAAGUGUUGGAUCUAGCAGGAAGUAGUAUUUUAUGCAUGAACAAGCUUGUGUGGUGAACACUAAUAACAGCUAGCGGACUGAGGCUGGGCAGGAGCCUGCUAACGAUGAUGUCUCGCAUAUGUAUGUACAAUUUUUACAUUUUUAUUAUUUUUUAUUUUCUUUUAAUUUUCCUUUUUUUUUUUUUUUUUCCUCCUUGUUUUUUUCCCCCCCGCCCAACUUUUUCUUCACCUCAUUCAGGGCGGGGAAAGAAAAAAAAACAAAAAACAAAAAACUUACAUGUUACUUAAACUGCACGUAUUUCGGCCUUUUUCUUCUUUGGUAACAGAUCUAAUGAAGGCUUCGGCUGGGGCUGCGGUGUCAGUCACCGAGGAAGUUUUUACGAUGAAAACGCUAGACCCCCCCCCCCCCGUUUAGCACAUCCAAAAUGUGUCUUCACUUCGCCGAGACUACGUACCCGUAAAGCCCGUUCUUCUGCUUUCUCCAGAAAAUCAGUAUGGGAUAUGAAGCCAUGCCUGCCUGUUAUAAUUGCUUUAUACAUACCUGUCCUAAAUAUAUAAAUAUAUACAAAUGUAGAUACGAGUCAUUGCAUAUAAAACACAGAAGAGAACACAAUUAGAUACUUUUACAGGGUGCUGGUGAAUUAAAAAAUAUAUUUUUGGCAAUUUUAGCUUUUUAUACUUAUCUUGCAGUUAGUAAAUAGUUAUGAAAAAAAAAUAAUGAAAAAAAGUUCAAAAAAAAGAAAUAUAAGAUGGUGGGGGAAAAAAAAAAUUAAUACAGAUGGUGAAGAAGAUAUGUAAUGUUGGGUAAUAUUGGCUAGGAAAUUAAAGACCAAAAUAGCUGCACCUAGGAUUGUUAAACGGACGAAAUAAUGAGAGAGAGAGAGAGAGAGAGAGGAGGAUUUCAACGUUAGACGGAGUUCGGCGGGAAAAAAACUAGAAAAGACAAAAGUGCCUUAUCGAUGGUCCUUUCUUUUUUCCAAGUGGAAUAUUAUCUUUUUCCUCCUCCUCUUUUCCCUUUUUUAUUUUUUUUCGGUUUGGUAAUAUCGAAACACCAACCAGGAAGCGUCAGCGGGACGCACGCGGACGCGCUUUUUGCGCUCGGCUCCGUGUGGAAGCUGAGCUGCCCCUAGUUACUCUAUGCAAAAGAAUAGCAGUCACGAGACCAGCUAAUGUGCCAUGGGGUUCGUCUUCCCGAAUUUCUGUUUCUUUCUUCGUCUGUUUUCUUUUGCCAUUCGAACAAAACAAAAAAACUAUAUAUAUAUUUUUUUCUCUCUCCUUCAUUUAAGUUUGAAAUGUGUAUCAUCAUGUUGUUAAAGAAUAAUCCUGUUUGUGAAUAUACUGCGAACAAACUGCCAAUUACUGACACUGAAGGCUGCCAGGUUCGGUUUGAAUAGGGACGACGAACAAUGACGUGGAAUUAAGAAACGAAAAAACUAAAAAAUGCAAAAAAUGUCAGUGUUGGUGUUAACCCCGUCUUUUCAGUAACUGCUAAAACUGAGCAUCUUCUGUUACAGUCAUUUUCCCGCCUUUUCCAGGCACACGCACACACACACACGCGCGGUAAUUCUCUCAUUUAGGUCAAUAUAUUAUCGCCAUUCUGGUAAACGGCAGGUUUCAACUUUGACGUUAAACCGUUAAAGUAAAAUUAGCAAUAAGACGAACACCACUUUACCCGCGGUGGGGGGCGGAGUGUCAUAAAUGAACAGCCAGGCGGAGUUUGGCCUUAGUUCUUGUUAAGGGAGGAUGGCGGGGGGGGGGGGUUGGGUAUUGAUUGUCAAAAUCCAUAGCGCCACUUGAAUGUAGCUGUGCCAAAAGGAGACGCGAACAAACGAACAAAAACCGCUGGGAUUUUGGGGGCAAAGUCAGACGAGGUCAAACCCUACCCCCCCCCCCGACGACACACACCCCUCACCACAAGCUGCUAUUAUCGGUCUUACGCUCACGUUUUUUCCUUUACUGAAACGAUUGGGGUUUUUCAUGUCGAGAACAAGAACACCGAGCGUAAUUGCUGGUCUGAACAAUGGAGGCUGAUGAUGGAGCAUUGUUCUGGGGAAUAAAAUUUGUUUUUUUAAACGCUACGCUCCCUUUUUUACCGUUCCUGGCAGACCUCGUUACGAAUUGUCAUGAUUAAUCUCUCCUUCCUUUUUUUUGAUCUCUCGCAUACUGUUACACACACACACACACACAAGGUCAAUGCUUUCUUUUUCAGUGUUAUUAACCAUUAUUUUUAAAAACAAUAAUGCAAUAUUGAGAGACGAGAAAUGGCAGUUCAGCAUUUGACAGUAUUAAAAAAAGAAAAAUUCCCUCUACAAUGUUGCAAAAAAAAAAAAAAAAAAAAAAAAAUGCUGUGUGUUCCUAUGGUUGGUUUUCUCCGUCUGGGGUUACUGAGAGUAUUCUAGCGUAUUCUUACUCUGGCCUGCCCUACUUCUGUGUAUGAUAAUGUAAUUAACAGCCAUUGUUACAGGUUUAUAAUGUAUUUUUCUAACUUCAUUUUAUAUGUAUAUUACAAAUCAGUUUCUGAUUUCUCUUUUUCUGAAAAAGCCCACUGCAAGUUUUUUUUUUUCUUUUUUUUUUUUUUUGUUUUUUUUUGUUGUAUGACUCAGUCCCCCUCUUACUGCCUCGACUCCCCUCAGCUCCCAUUUCACCUGAAACUCUGUCUCGCUGGGAGCGUUGCCUUUCCUGGAAGUUAUUUUAUUUUCUUGCCGAUUCCUAUAGCUUGUUUAACUCAUUAGCGACUUUAUUAGUUCUCUUGUUAUAAGUAUUUUUACAUGCUUGCAUUUAGUUUUCAUGGUGUAUGCUGUUAUUUUUUCUUAUUAACCUCCCCCUUGGCAUUUAUUUUAAUAAAACAUUCUUAGUACGAAUUUUACUAACUUUGCUGAUAUUUUUAUUUUUUGUCUUGUGUUUUUGGUAACCAUGUUUAAUGAAUGUACUACCUGGUCUGGUUCACGGACUAACAAGAUUAAAACUGGUGUCUGGCCACUGAUGCACACACACGCACACACGAGACGCACAGGUACACGCACACACAUACAGACGCACACACACACACACACACUCACUCACGCACAAGCGCUACCCACUGGCUAACUGGAAUAUGUGCACGUGCCUUGAUCAUCUCGCUCACCCGUGUUGCUGGAAAGAGAGAGAAAUUUGCUGACACCUCCGCCUUGGUCGACACUCUGCGUGUCCGCCAUUUUGUUUUAUUUCCCUUUCCCCCCCCCUCCUUUUUAUUUUUAAUUAUUGCGCCGAGCGAGAGAAUCCGUAAAAAGUUUAAUUUUUACCGUCAAACGAGGUCGAACAGGAUGGUAAAGCAGGGACCCGGUGUUCCCUCCCGCUUGUGUUAAACGCGCGUUAUUAAGUUCAGGCAGAAACAUUAAAGCGGGUUUUAAAAGCACAGGCGUUACCCACAGGGCACCUUUUAUUCUUCGGCGGUUUGCGUUUAUCUCGCCGUGACGGUUUUUUUGGCGAGAUCGUCCGUCGAAAUUCCGGACGAUUCCUUCGACGCAGGUUGUGCCGUCGACUUUAAACGUUACGGUCAAAUCAACGGUCGUUUUUAACGACGGCGCGGCGGACUCGACCUGAAUUUUUACUGUUGAGUAUAAACGUCUUUUUUUAUUUUUUUUUUUUUUUUUUGUUGCUUACAUAUCAUUCCCUACGGACGAGGCCCUCCGUGCCCUGUGCCGCACCGCAGGCCGCGGCGGAUGUGAAGUUUCCCGCCGACCCGCCGAGACGUGGAAUUACAGAGCGCCGUCGCCUCGUGGCCCUCGUUAGGACGAGGGGCGAUGUGCAGGGUGGCCAUUUUGUCGAGUCGGAGACGAGAACGAACCGCGGCGCGCUCGGAAAAUCGGUAGCGCUGCAGCUCGCGGUUUAUCGGAGGUCCGGUUCAGGGUGUACGAGGUGUUAAAUGGGUCAGUGCUGGCUCUGAUAGGUGGUUCAUUUUUAAGAGGGGGGGGGAGGGGGGGUGGAGGGGGGGAUAUACCGGUUAACCCGAAGACCCAGGACUCGACUCUGAUUGAACUCCAGCAGAAGAACUGUGUUUGGGAGUGAAGUUUUUCCUUGGCAUUGAGUGAUUGAAAGGGAAUAAAAAUAUUGAUUGUUGUUUGGGUCGGCGCAAGAGGGCCUGGAGAGGGUAGGGGUUUAUUUAAAAGGAUGGGGGGGGGGAAUAUUUUCCUCACUCCUUUUUGGGGGGUGUGUUUAACUUUCUUCAGAUGCCGUCGGCCAAAGACCACAUUCGGGAUCAAAAAUAUUUUUAUAAAACCUUUUCCUGUCGGUUUGUUCUCCGUUGCGUAAAAAAACGAACAAAGAAUAACAAGAACGACUAAAAAAUUUAAAAAACAAUGAACAAAAGCACACUUGUGUACUAAUUUUUAUUCAGCUGCGUUUUGUUUUUGUCUCUUUAUUUUGGUUUUUUGUGUCCUAGCUUUCCUUUCUUCACUAAUCUGCGGUGCGAUGACGAGACACACGAGCGGUAAUUAACCGUAUUAAUCUGCCUUUCUCUCUUUAACCCACUGAGUGACGAUCACGAAAGCUGAACUCUGCACUGAAUCACAACGAUGUAUUUACGCUUCUACCGUCUAAUUCUGACUGUAAGCAAAGUGAAUGAAAACAGCCUGUAACUGUAGACUACUUUUCCUAUUUUAACUUACCUUUUUUUCUUUCUUUUUUUUCUUUUAUUUUUUCUUUUUUACCCGACUCAAUUUUAAUUGCUAUCUUUUCAGUAAUUAUCUGGCUUUUAUGAGUCAGCGAUUAACAGGUCAAUGGCAAUGGAGGGGGGAGAUCAUAAUUCUUUUCCCCAGAAUGCACUGUGACUAUUUUGUUGGUUUUUGUUCAUUUUUAUUUGCAGAACCCUUUUUCCCCCAAAAUCUACUGUUCCGUUGCUGAAAUAAUUCCUGCCACCAGCAUGCAUUUUGACAGGUUAGCGUAUUCAGUUAAAUACAGUCAUUGUUUUGACCGUUAUUAUUAUUAUUAUUAUUACUAGUAGUAUUAUUAUGUUCACUCCCAAAUGCAGGUGAACAAAGCAAGUAACAUUUAUUUAAAGCAAUGUAUCAGAUUACAAUACCUGAAAGUAUGUGUCCACAAGCAUUAUAAGUGCCUUUUGUGAGAGAUUGAAAAAUUAUAUAUUUUUCUACUUAGUCAUUGAAGUGCCAAUUACUGUCUUCCUCAUUCACCCAGAGCUUUACGUUCAACACCGAAGGGGAAAGAAUCUCCCUUUCAGUACCAAUUUAAGACUUUUAAUAGUAACUGGAACACUUCGACCAAAAGCUUAGUGUCAUUUUUUUUUUUUUAGUCUUUUAAGUUCUUCUUUUUUCCUCUGCCCUUGGAACUGGAGUGUGUGCUGGUUUUACUGGAAGCAAGCGGCCCGUCUCCUGGUGUGUAGUGGAGACAUCUGACCAUAUACCUUUUAUUAUUUAUAUUGCCUUUGCUUCGAGGCUUUCCCUUGGUGGAAUUUCUUUUGUUUGUUUUAUUUUAAAUAAAAUGAAAUGUCAAACCUGGUUUUAUAUAUAUACGUACACCCGCCUGAAAAUUUUGUGUGACGUGUAGUUGAUCGUGAUGUCCCUGUAACGACUGACGUAUGUCAUCUUUCUCAGUGCCUUACUCUCCUUAAUGGAGGAAUCAAAUGCAGUGUAGUUGCUGUGUGUCACAAAUAGUAGACCGUUAGCUAUUGACGUGGAACCGAAACACUAAUUCAAACCAAUUCCAGGUGUUUGGCUGACAGUCAAGAAAAAUAAAGAGAACAUUUGGAAAAAACAAAAA